AUGAGACGAAGAGCUCGCGACCCUGCCGCUGUCAGGCCUCACCGCGUAUCAAGCGCUGUUUGCGCACGGGGACCUAUCCUUCUCAUUUCUCUCAAUCCCGUCAAUAAUGACAAUCCUCAAGAGAGUGCUGAUCACUGGCUCCUCGGGGGGCCGAUAUGCGGUGUCUCGUCGCGUCCUCAAAUCACCUCCCUCCUCGCCUCAUCCGACGACAUCAUUGACUACACCAGUCCAGAAUUCACCUCGAUCACAGCAUCCUUCCAAACUCAGGGUCUCGCACCCGUCGACCUCGUCAUUGACUGCACCGGUGGUGACACAUUACAACCCAUCCUUCUUUCGCCAUCACUCGUCAUGAAGCAUGGUGGCAAAAUUGUCACCAUUGUCGCGCCCAUCGCAGUCUACGGUCUAAAAAUAUCCGAGCAAAUGCUCCGAUCCCGUGCCUCUGCGAACAUUGGCGUUGAAUUCUUCAUCGUCAACCGAGCGGCACGGAGCUUGAAGUGCUGGGCCAACCCAUGA